UUUUUCAAGUUUAAGUAAGUUGCCCGUUUUCCCCUCAUGAAAAACAUUGAUAAGUGCAUGAAAAACUAAUUUUCUUAUUGUGCUUGUGUUACACAUCAAAACGCUGGUUGAUUGUGUUACUCCAGGAUUUUUGCUCGAAUAGACUAAACAUGUGCCUGGUCUUAUAGUGCAACAGUUUACUAAAUAUAUUUUUUCGUUUAUAGAACAAACAAAAGAGAAUUUCAAUUUUCAAAGAAAAUCCUUUCAAAUGGGAUCAUUCAAUGAUGACGAUUCGUCAAACGUAUCUUUGGGCUCCAAAGAUAAUCGCACGUAUUCUGUUGAGUCUAGCAGCAUACAUAGUCAUGUAAAUCCAAAUAACACUUUUGCAGCAACUGGUAUCACCAGUGAUGGCUCUCCAUUAAUGCGUCUCAGAAGUAACUCGCCAUCUCUCGGAUCUGAUGCAAGCUUUUACGACGCACCAUAUUCGUCUGUUGCUGAAAUCGGUGUGGAUCCAGCAACUGUAAUACCUGCUGAACUUCCUCCUUCACAACCGUCUGAAGAAUCACGGCAUCAAUUUGUAAACACUUUAUACAAUGAGAGGAGAAAAAAUGACCAGGAAGAUGCUUCAAUAGAUUCGUAUACAACUAUUAAUCCACUGUACGAAACAACAAAAAUUGAAACUUCUCAACAAGAUGAUGAACAUAAUAAUGAUGUUGGUGCUGAAGACAAUAAGUCACAGCAGGAUUUACUGUCACAGGAAAUUUUAUUUCUACCACCGCCUCCCCCGGAAUAUUCAGAUUAUGACGAUGUUGAUAUUUUGCAUACAUACACAAACGAAGUCACUGAUUUUUAAUUUGUUUAGCUCUGAAGAAAAAGAUGUUUUGUUUUUGUCUUUUAUUUACUUUACUGACUGGUGGCGAACAUUUCAAUUUUGAGCCAUUUAUUUAGCAAAAUUUUUGUAAUUAGAUGAGCCCCUCUACUAAUAACGCCCCACUCUAUAGCAAACCAAUAACCCCUAAACUUUACACUGCUAGUCACCGUAUAUAAAUUUUCAAACUAAGUUAUAGCCAUAUGUUUAGUUUUUGUUUCUUUUCUUGUGAAGUUCGUUUUUCAAAAUACUGAUCAUUUGCUUUGUGAUGGACCAAGGCUGGGCAAGUGUUGCGUGCUAGCAUAACUGACAAAUCACUUUUUAAAACAAAUUGUAGAAAUAUGUCUAAGUCUGUUUUUGAAAAUAGAAUAGAGCAUUUCCCAGUUGCUUUACCUUUUUUGAA